GACUCUGGAGAAGUCCAAAGGUGGCAUAGAAAAUGUGCUUGUGGUUACAGACCACUUUUCCCGCUACGCUCAGGCCUACCCGACAAAAGACCAAAAGGCCUCUACAGUGGCUAAAACACUGUGGAAAAACGUCUUCUGCCGGUUUGGGUUACCUGCAAAGCUGCAUGCGGACUAAGGGCGCAACUUUGAAAGUACAGUUGUGAAGGAGCUGUGUAAGUGCACUGGCAUCACAAAGACUCAUACGACCCCUUACCACCCACAAGGCAACGGGACCACCGAAAGGUUCAACCGGACCCUCAUGAACAUGCUGGGGACCUUGGAGCCACACUUGAAACCCCGCUGGCAUGAGCAUCUUGACGCAAUGACACAUGCCUAUAACUGCACACAGCACGAUUCAACGGGUUACACACCAUACUACCUGAUGUUUGGGAGACAUCCUAGGCUCCCAGUGGACCUGAUUUUUGGGCUUUCCACCGCAAGUGAGCCACGUGGAUACAGUGAUUAUGUACAAAUUAUGUACGGCAGUCUGUCACAGGCAUAUGCACAGACUAAUCAAACCUCUCGGCAUGCUAAGGCUCAACAGAAAAAGCACUAUGACAGAAAAGCAAAGGGUCAAGUCUUCAUACCGGGGGAUAGAGUCCUUGUCAAAGUAUGUCAAGUGGAGGGACGGCAGAAACUGGGAGACAGAUGGGAGGCACGUCCAUACAUUGUGGUGAAGAAACAACUCAACACACCUGCAUAUGUGAUACGAUUAGAGGACAGCGAGAGAGAGAGGGUGGUGCACCGCAACCUCCUCACACAGUGUAUGUUCCUUCCAGUGGAACGAGCCAGUGAAGUGAUAGGAGAAGAGGUUGAAUCGGAUGCAGCAGAGGACUGUGAGAUCGAUCAUAUAGAGGAAGUUGAGGAGAAUGUGGGACCUGGGACACCAGUGGUACACGAUGAGCCCAAACAAAUGGAGGAAGUGGAUGUGGAUGAAGGACAAAUGGAUGAAGGAGAUGAGGAAAGUACGACUGUGAGUGACACCAAAUCACCUGACAAGGCUCCUAGGAGAAAUCCACCAAGAAAUCGGUGUGCCCUGAAGAGACAGUCAUGUGAGUCACAAGUCCUGAGUUCGGAAGAGGACCAGAGGAGGAGAGAAAGGGGAUGGAAGUUGUGGCAAAGGGCCAAAGCAAGUAGAGAAGCAGGACAGGGGUGACACAAUCAAGCCACAACAUUCUGACUGUUAAAAUGUAUAACACACACACAUUUUACGAGACAAUCAUACAUACAGAAAGGUUAUUUGUUUCUCUUUAACUGUUUAAAUAGUUUGUGCUACAUGGCCUUUGUUGUAUUUUGUUUGGCCUGAUGGCUGGGACGCCAUCAAUUAAAGAAGGGGUAGAUGUAAGGUAACAGCCUUGACAGGCCACUAGGUGUUGUUGUUGCACAGCAAAUUGUUGUUUUUUGUCCAUUGUGGGACACCGUAUUUCUCUUGUUGUUCUGGGUGCGGCCACCAUCUUGGCGCUAAUGUUUGUAUUCACUCCGCAAAAGGUGAGCAGUGUUAAUGGCGGCAAAUAAUUGUACACAUUAUUAUGUUAAAAACGUCCAAACAUUCCAUUUAUUUAAUUAAUGGGUUAGUUUAAAUGUUUAUUUACCCGUUUGUGUAUGUUUGGGAGUGAGAUGUUUAUGUUUUGUCUGUUCAUUUGGUUAUUGUAUUGGUGAGCAUGUAGCUAAUGCGCUAAUGUUUGUAUUCACUCCGCAAAAGGUGUCAGAAGAGCUGCCAUUGUGAAGAAUAAAUCACUAAUCAGCAUCUCCACCGCAAUCCGAUCUACUGUGUCCUGUUUUCCGCCCCUCUGCAUAACAUCCCAUCACCAAUAAUAAACACAACGCAGAGUCCCAGGGUGUUCAGAGAGUCUACGGGACAUUUGGGUUACAUAAUAUAACAACUUUACUCUAAGUCCCUCCCGUAGACAUCCUGCUGAAUACACAGACACACAGCUGCAGAAGGGGAUUCAGCCAGCCGACUGUGGGCGAUGAUAGGUUGGGCCGUGGGCGGGACGUUGCCAGGAGGUCAAUGUCCCGCCAAUGUAACCAGAGGGAGUUUCUCUACCACACCCCAAACACUGUGCUGUGCUGCUGUAGCUGCUUCCACCUGCCCUGCUUUGCUGUGCUGCUGUAGCUGAGGCCUGCUUCCACCUGUCUACCAUCUACCUGUAGCUAUCUGCAGCAGCUAACAUCUAGCUGGAGCUAUCUCACCAACAACAGCUUUCAGUAUGCCACCAAAGAAGGUGCAGAUGGACAGCAAAGAAGGACAACCAGAGGAGGAUCUGGUCUCUCUCGCUCAGGAACCGGAGUCGAGGCUGAUCCUCUUGCUGUAGUCCUGUGUCUUGGAUCCUCUAUCCUGAGUUCUGGAUUAA